CAGCCGGCAUCUUGACCCGUUGGAACGCUUUUGUGUAUUCUGGAACUGGACUAGGCACACUCGGUCAUUCGCCCUUCUACAGAAUGGCUUACAACGAACACUUCAAAGGGGAAGACGUUUCAGUCACCAAGUUUUACGGCGACCGCACGGUCCUUACAUCCUGCGCCUAUCUUCUUCAAUAUAUCAAGCCCGACAUGACCAUCCUCGAUGUCGGCUGUGGCCCGGGAACUAUAACUGCAGGUCUCUCGAAAAUAGUCCCUGACGGCAAAGUUACUGGAGUCGAUGUCACGAGCCCUAUCAUUGAGCGAGCCCGCUCUACAUUCCCUUUGCCCGAGUUCCCUAAUCUCACUUUCGCGGUUGGCGACGCCAUGAAGCUCUCAGACUUUAAGGACAACUCCUUCGACGUAGUCCACGCACACCAAGUCCUUAUCCAUCUCACCGAGCCGAUAACAGCACUCCAGGAAUUCUACCGCAUCUGCAAACCUGGUAGGAUUGUUGCUUGCCGAGAGGGGAAUGGACGCCGCAUCUUGUCUCUCAAGCCCGACUUGCCUGCUAUCCGGCAAUAUUGGGACAACACGGUAGCUCUCAUAGACAGAAAUGGAGGCCAUAUCGACGCAGGAGGUCACUUAGAAGAAUGGGCUCAAAAGGUUGGCUUUCAAGAUAAUGGGGGAAAGAUUGUUUUGAACAUGGGAGAACUGCGCUUCCCGAGCCAUUUGGAAGGUAUGAAAGGGGAAAGUGCUGAGCAGGCUAUCAGAGCUGGAAUUGCUACGAGGGACCAAAUGGAUAUUUGGAGGGAAGCUUGGGAGGAGUUCGAUAGAACGAAGAACAACGAGUUUGUGUUCGAGACUGGGGAAAUCUUAUGCUGGAAAGGAUUGCCAUAGAAAAAUAGUUAUAGCAUUAG